GACCUGAGUGUGCAGCUCUGAGCCCAACCUUGGGCUCUGAAAGCCCACCCUGUGCUCGCCCUUCCCCCAUCCCACCUCCUGUCAGCAUCGCUGCACCAGGCUGCUUCCAGGACUCCGGGGCAGGAGAGGGAGGACUGAGGAGCACAGAACAUGAACAUCCCCCAGGCCCUCCCAGCCAGGACUAAGAACGCCAGUGGAGAAGACAAGGGCCGUGCCUCAGACCAGCUCGGGGGAGUAGCGAUGGCCGGUAGUGUCCAGCAGCAGCUGGCCCGGAAGUUGGAGUUAAUGAUGAAGGACAAGCUGAAGGAGUCCCAGCUGUUGCUAGAGUUCCAGCAGUUGCUGCCUGACCAGUAUCUCCGCAAGGACUCUCCUUGUGUGACCACAACUCAACCAGAGAAUUCAGAUAGCAUGGAGGUGGCCUCACUCCUGGUGGCUAAAUACGGGGAGCAGCAGGCCUGGGACCUGGCCCUGCGGACCUGGGAGCUGAUGGGACUGAGUGUGCUGUGUGCCCAAGCCUGCAAAGAGGCGGCCUUGGAGUCAGGAAUCACAGAAAAAUACCAUGAGGGAAGGAAAGAAAUGCCCCUCCAUACAAUGUCACAGAAAAAUGAGGAUUUCCAACAGGAAUUCACACAGCUGCUACUUCUACACAGAUCUCAACCCAGAGGCUAUAAUUUUCCACUCUGGAAAAGGAAACACAGCGUGAUAGAGAAUCAAAAUCUUUUGAUGGAGGUCAGAGACUUAUUUGGCCCUGGCCCGGGUACCCAGAGAGAGCCUCCCACAGUCGUACUGCAUGGGGUGGCUGGAAUCGGGAAGUCAACCCUGGCCAGACAGGUGAGGAGAGCCUGGGAGGAAGGCCGGCUGUACAGGGACCGCUUCCAGCAUGUCUUCUACUUCAACUGCAGAGAGCUGGCCCAGUCCAGGACAAUGAGUCUCAAUGAGGUCACCAAAAAAGACUGGGCUGUCGAUGUGGCUCCCAUUGGACAGAUCCUGUCUCAGCAGAAGAAGCUGCUCUUCAUUCUUGAUAACUUGGAUGAACCAGAAUGGGACUUGGAGGAGCACAGUUUUCAGCUCGAUCCGCACUGGGGCCCUCAGCAGCCGGUGCACGCACUGCUGGGCAGCUUGCUGAAGAAAACCUUACUUCCCGAGGCUUCCCUGCUCAUCACAGCUCGGAUCACAGCUCUGGGGAAGCUCAUUCCUUAUUUAAAGCAGCCACGCUGGGUGGAGGUCCUCGGAUUCUCUGAGUCAGCCAGGAGGGAGUAUUUCCAUCAAUACUUCACAGAUCAUAGCAAAGCAAUCAGAGCCUUUAACUUGGUUGAAUCAAACCCGGCUCUCUUGACCAUGUGUGUGGUGCCCUGGGUGACCUGGCUGGUCUGCACUUGCCUGAAGCAGCAGAUGGAUCAGGGGCAAAAACUCUCACUGACCUGCCGGACAACCACAGCCCUCUGUCUGCACUACUCUUCCCACGUUCUCCAAGCUCAGUCCCUCGGGACUAAGCUGUGGGAUAUCUGCUCUCUGGCUGCUAAGGGCAUCGGGCAAGGAAAGACCCUGUUCAGUCCGGAGGACCUGAGAGAACACGGGUUAGAUGAGGACAUCAUCUCCGCUCUCUUGAAGAUGGGUGUUCUUCAGGAACACCCCACCUCUCUGAGCUACAGCUUCAUUCACCUCUGUUUCCAGGAGUUCUUUGCAGCAAUGUCUUGUGUUUUAGAGGGUAAGAAGUUAAUGAGCAUCAAAAGUAUGAAAGAGUUGAUAGGAGAACGUGGGGUGGUUAGUGUGUUUGGGAAACCAACCACGUGUUUCCUAUUUGGCCUUCUGAGUGAGCAGGGCAUGAGAGAGACAGAGAGCAUCUUCAAAUGCCAGCUCUCCCAGGACAGGUAUCACAAGCUGCUGCGAUUGGCCAAGAAGGAGGCCAACCUCACACAGCAGAAACUAGGACCAUAUUGUUGGCACUUGUUCCACUGUCUUUACGAGAUUCAGGAUGAAAAGUUUCUGACAGAAGUAAUGUCCAAUUUCUCUGGAACAAGUACAUGUGUCCAAACUGACAUGGAGCUCCUGGUGUUCACCUUCUGCAUUAAAUUCAGCCGGCUCGUGAAAUGGCUUCAACUGAACGAGGGUGGACCGCACCGACAAGCACAAAGAUCUUCAGGUGUUGUUCUGUCCAGCUUGCGCCCCUUUACAGAUGCGGGCUGGCAGAUUUUCUUCUCCCUUUUCAAAGUCCCUGGAAGCCUGAAGGAGCUGGACCUGAGUGGAAACUCCCUGAGCUGCUCUGCAGUACAGAGUCUCUGUGAGGCCCUGAAAUGUCCUCACUGCCACCUGGAGACCCUGAGGCUGAUCAGCUGUGGCCUCACAUCUGGCUGCUGCCAGGACCUGGCCUCCAUGCUCAGUCACAACCGAAGCCUGACAGAGCUGGACCUGCGGCAGAACGACCUGGGCGACCUCGGCGUGAAGCUGCUCUGUGAAGGGCUCAAGCAGCCCACCUGCCAACUCAGGGGCCUGCGGUUGGCUGACUGUGGCCUCACCGCAAAGGGCUUCCAGGACCUGGCCUUUGUUCUGAGCACCAACAGAAGCCUGACCCAGCUGGACCUGAGCUUCAACAAGCUCCUGGACAGCGGAGCCCAGCACCUUUCUCAGAAGCUGAGAGUGUCCACCUGCAAGCUGCAGCAACUGCUGCUGAUCAGCUGUGGCCUCACAUCUGGCUGCUGCCAGGACCUGGCCUCCAUGCUCAGUGACAGCCCCAACCUGACAGAGCUGGACCUGCGGCAGAACGACCUGGGCGACCUCGGUGUAAAGCUUCUCUGUAAAGGGCUCAAGCAGCCCACCUGCCAACUCAGGCGCCUGCGCCUGGACCAGACCCAGCUGAGUGAGAAGGUGCAAAAGAUGCUGCAGGAUCUGAAGCAGGAGAAGCCUCAGCUUGAAGUCGAUCUACAGACGUGGGCCAUAAGCAGGAUGCGUAGAGGUAGGAGGCAGAGACAGACCGAAGCAGGAGGAAGCCAAAAACCCAUGGGAGUCCUGGGCCUGACUCAACCCAAGAGUGGUCUGCCGCAUUACCAGGACACUGAGGCCACUUCCUCUGAGAUCUCAAGGAAAUUGUCUGGCUCUCUGUCUGGAGAGAAAAGAAAGAAUGUCCCUGAAGAGGCCCCAGGUAGAGGACGGAUGGAUGACAACACGUCCCGAUUCAAAUGGCGGAAACUAGAAUCAGUGACUGAAGAUGACUUCUUGGGCUCCAGAGGGCCUGUGGCUGCUGAGGUGGUUGACAAAGACAGGGGUCUGUACCGAGUUCGCUUCCCCGUGGCUGGCUCCUACCACUGGCCCAAAACGGGUCUCCACUUUAUGGUGCUGGGACCAGUGACCAUUGAGAUUGAAUUCCGUGCUUGGAAAGAGUUCCUGGACCAGAUCGUCCCACAGCACAGCUGGAUGGUGGCCGGGCCUCUGUUUGACAUCAAGGCCGAACCAGGAGCCGUGGCAGCUGUGUACCUCCCCCACUUCGUAGAUCUCCAACGAAAAAACAUGGACAAAUCCUGGUUCCAAGUGGCCCACAUGAAAGAGGAGGGGAUAGUCCUGGAGAAGCCAGCCAGGGUGGAGCCACACUACAUAGUCCUGGAGAACCCCAGCUUCUCCCCCAUGGGAGUUCUUCUGAGAAUUUUCCGGGCUGUCCUGCCCAUUCCCAUCAGCUCCAAUGUGUUGCUCUACCAUCACCUCCAUCAUGAGGGCGUCACCUUCCACCUCUACCUGAUUCCCAACGACUGCUCCAUUCGCAAGGCCAUAGAUGAAGAAGAAAAGGCAUUCCAGUUUGUGCGACUACACAAGCCGCCCCCAAUGACACCAUUCUACAUGGGCUCCCGAUACACUGUGUCUGGUUCACAGGAGAUGGAAAUUAUCCCACAGGAACUGGAGCUCUGCUAUCGGAGCCCCGGGGAAGCCCAGCUCUUCUCUGAGUUAUACACUGGCCGUCUGAGGUCACAGAUCAGGCUGUUCCUUAGACACAAAGAAAAAGGAACUCUGGUAUGGGAGACCUUCGUGACAUCAGGAGACCUCAGACCUCCACGCCUCACUGGUGCCCCAGAUGAGCUGCACUUUGUGGACCGGCAUCGGGAGCAGCUGGUGACUCGAGUAACAUCAGUAGACACAGUCCUAGACAAGCUAUUAGGACAGAUGCUAAGUGACGAGCAGUACCAGAAGGUGAGGGCUGAGCGCACCAAUCCAGCCAAGAUGAGGAUGCUGUUCAGCUUCAGCAACUCCUGGGACAAAACCUGCAAAGAUAAACUCUACCAAGCCCUGAGGGAGACCGAACCUUACCUAAUUAAGGAUAUCAGAGAGAGGGGGGCCAUGGGCGAGAACAGGCAGGGGUCUUCACCCGGUUGUGAGUCCUGA